CGUAUCCGCCGUUGCAGCAGCCAUUCAGAAGAUGACAAGAGUGCGUGUAGUGGACAACAGCUCGCUUGGAACUACACCGUAUCACCGCGCACCAAGAGUGAUUCAUGUCUACACCAAGAAUGGGGUCGGAAAAGUUGGUGACAAGGUGUUGCUUGCCAUCAAAGGACAGAAAAAGAAGGCGCUCAUCGUUGGACACAAAAUGCCUGGAGAGCGGAUGACUGCGCGCUUCGAUUCAAACAAUGUUGUUCUGAUUGAAGACAACGGGAACCCUACAGGAACAAGGAUUAAGAUCCCUUUACCGACGCAGCUACGCAAAAUGGACGGAGAUUAUUCUAAAGUCCUAGCAAUCGCCAGUUCGUUUGUUUAAUACAUCAUUUAACUGUUUUUUUUGAGAUGUAUAUAAACUCUGUAUUUCAUGUACAUGUUCGCAAGUAAACUUUAAACAGAGCAAUA